UCGUAUUCCAAAAUGGAUUUCCAAAGUGUCCUUGAUAAAUGUGGCAACUUUGGCCCCUAUCAAAUCCUUCUGCUGGGUCUCUACGGCUACGCGAACAUUAUCUCCUCGCUGCACUAUUUUUCGCAGACCAUCAUUAGCUUUACGCCAUCGCACAGUUGCUCAGCACCAAAAGAAAACUUCCUGCAGAAUUCCAAUUAUUCCACAUCCCUGUUGGCCUGCAAUAUAAUUCAAUACGAUGAAGAUCUGUCCUCUUUUCGAGACUACAAGUGCUCAUCUUGGGACUUUGAAAGGGAUAGCAACUACGAGAGCAUUACCACAGAGCUCGGUUGGGUCUGCGACGAUGCCUACAAACUGGCGGUGGGUCAGUCCUUCUUCUUCAUUGGCUCCGGCCUGGGCAGCAUAUUCUUCGGAUAUCUGGCAGAUCGCAUAGGACGACUGCCUGCCUGUGUUUUGUCGACCUUGACUGGAGCCUCUGGUGAUUUCUUCACCUCCUUCGUGGGAAAUCUGCCCUGGUUCUCCUUCACCCGCUUUUUAUCCGGCCUCUCUAUGGAUACCCAGUAUGUCCUGAUGUACAUUUUGACUUUCGAGUACUUGAGCCCAAAACACCGCACCUUCGGGCUAAACAUAACCUUGGGAGUCUUCUAUUGCUUUGGCCUGGUGAUUUCCCCCUGGGUUGCCAUUUGGUUGGGCAACUGGCGAAGUUACCUGUGGGUGGCCUCUCUUCCAGCUCUGGGAUCGUUGCUGUUUCCUGUUUGCCUCCAUGAAAGCGCCGAGUGGCUGUUGACCAAGGGAAAGUUCGACAAGGCAGUUAGCAAUCUAAAAAGCGUCGCCAAGUUCAACGGUCGCCAAGUGGAGGACUCUGUUUUCGAUGAGUUCAUUAAUCACUAUCGCGAGAAGUUGAACAAUUCGCAGAAUAAAUCUUCGGAUACUUUUAUGGGAAUGCUAAGGACACCAAGACUGCGAAAGUUUACCCUUAUUCUAUUGGUUAAAUCAAUAAUUGUUGCAACUGCCUUCGACAUCCUGAGUCGUAAUGUGGAAGGAGUGGGCAUUUCGCCCUUCAAGCUCUUCUCCUACUCGGGAUUCUGCUACCUCCCCGCAGGACUCACCAUUAUCCUGUUCCAGAACAGAAUCGGACGAAAGGGCAUGGCCUGUGCCUCGUUCCUUGUGGGAGCCAUAAUCACGGCGGUCACUGGUUACUUGGUGGCCACCCUCGAUCCAGCGGACUAUUCCGUUUUUCUGGGAUUCAUGGUGUGCCUGGGAAGAUUCGGAGCGGUGGUGUCCUUCGAUGCGGAGGGCCAAUACGCGGCUGAGAUUAUUCCAACGAGUGUGCGAGGACGAGGAGUGGCCAACAUCCAUGUGGUCGGCAACGCCUUUGCCUUCUGCAGCUCCUACAUCCUCUACUUGGGAACUUUCUACCGGCCUCUGCCGUCUUUCCUGAUCAGUUUCGUUCUUCUAGUCGGCAGUUGUUUGUGCCUAGCUCUUCCAGAAACCCUUAACAAGGAACUCCCACAGACUCUUGAAGAGGGCGAGGUAUUCGCCAAGGGUGAGAAAUGGUAUUUCUUUCCCUGCUUUUCGCGCAGACAGCAAACAAAUAACUCAGGAUCUCAGUUGGAGUCAGCCAACGAAUUUACAAAGUAA